UGAAUCUCCCGUAGCUCCUUUAGCCGCUUGAGUGGAAGGGCGGGUGAGAGGCAUUCACUGGGCGAAAAAUAAGCAACGUGAAGGGUGAGCUGGAAUGCUCACUGUCUGUUCCUGUCCGGUGUGCCUGAACUUGCACAGCACAUAUUUCUGAGGCUUUUAAAUGGACUUUCAGUGCAGCUGAUUUGCUCACAGCCUAUAGGCAUCCACAGUUGAAAAAUGACACAAAUGCCAGUCCUCUCCCUCCUCCAAGUGUUGACAGAUAUCAGCUGAUCUUGUGGGCCAAAGCCGUGGUGCUGUCAGUAGUGUCGCCUGCUCUCCUGGACAGUCUCUGCUCAACAGCGGUGGGGCGAUGAGGUCGCUGUGGAGCUUGGGCCUUGCUUUCCUCUUGGCCUUGACCUCCAGGGCCAGAGGCCUCGAUAUCCCCCUGGAAGUGGAGCAGCUACCGACCAUAACAGUGCAGACCCCUGGCCCUGUCAUUGCCUUCCCCUUUGAAGACAGUUUUUCCAUGAGAUGUGAAGCCAAAGGCAACCCACAACCAGUAUACAGAUGGACAAAAGAUGGCCAGGCCAUAGAACCCCUCUUUGACUUGGGGGUCAAAAAAGAGAGAAACAAUGGGAGUUUUGUGAUUCAUAGCGGGCACCUUGCGCAGUUCCAGGGGAAGUAUCAGUGCUACGCUUCAAACAAUCUGGGAACAGCAGUAUCGGAGGAAAUUGAACUCAUUGUACCAAGUACCCCAAAGUUCCCCAAAGAGAAGAUUGCCCCAAUCGUUGUUAAAGAGGGCCAGCCUGUGAUUCUGGAAUGCAACCCACCACAGGGGAUCCCUCCUCGACAGAUCUACUGGAUGACUAUUGGUCUCCAACAUAUUGAACAGGAUGAGAGGGUGUCCAUGGGCCAAGACGGCAACCUCUACUUCUCCAAUGCCCUGGAGAAGGAUAGCCGGAGAGACUACUGCUGCUUCGCCGCAUUCUCCGCCAUACGCACCAUCGUCCAGAAGACAGCCAUGUCGGUGGUCGUCAAGAGCUUAAAACCUGCUGGUGAGCUGGAUGACAGUGACAGCAGUGUGGACGGCUAUGCCAUUCCAGAGAGAAAGCCGAGCCUUCUGGUACCCUCUGGUGGUCAGUCAGAGGUUUGGCUGGUGAAAGGAGAGGAGCUGGUGCUAGAGUGUAUAGCAGAGGGAUUUCCAACUCCUGUGAUCGAAUGGAAAUUAUUUGGAGAGAAGCUGCCGAAACGGGCAAAUAUAAAAAACUACGGGAAAUGUUUAACCAUAAAUAACAUUGAAGAGGAGGAUGAUGGGAAGUACAUGUGUACGGCGAGGAACUCUGUCGGACAAACGGUCCACUACUUCAGCGUCAUGGUGGAGGAGCCACCAAGAUGGCAGCCGGAGCCACCCAAGGGCCAGUUGGCUGUUGUUGGCUCUGACGUGCACAUCAAGUGCUCUGCCUCGGGAAAGCCAUGGCCGGUUAUCUCAUGGAGGAGGAAUGGACAGCCUCUGGACGAUGGCCCGUCAUCGAACAGACAAGUGCUUGAUGACACCAUAGUGUUGCACAGGGCCAGGCCUGAGGACAGUGCCGUCUACCAGUGUGAAGUCUCCAACAGACAUGGCACCAUCCUGGCUAAUAUUAACAUCAUGAUCAUAAAUCUCCCACCUCGGAUGCUGACUAAGGAUUACCAGCGAUAUUCAGUAGUGCAAGGGAGGGACAUCCUCAUGGACUGCAAAGUAUUCAGCUCCCCUCCAUCCACUGUUUCCUGGAACAAGGAUGAAACUACGGAAUCUGUUGAGGGGGAACAAUUCUCAGUUUUUAAGAAUGGAUCACUGCAGAUCAACCAGGCAGGGAAAGAAGACAGUGGGGAAUACAUGUGUUUCGCCACCAAUUCGGAGGGAAAAUCAGCCAUCACAGCCUUGCUAGACGUCAAAGAUCCCACCCAAAUCGUGGAGCCGCCGCAGAACCUGCUGAUAUUAAGUGGCACCACAGCCCAGCUUACAUGCCAAGCAGAGUAUGACAUAUCUCUUAGGAAGGAGUUUCAAAUAGUCUGGAGCAAGGAUGGGGAACAGAUACCCCCAUUCACAGAACAGUCCAGAUAUUUUCUGGAUAAUGGAAUGCUACACAUUAUCAAUGUAAACCAAAGCGACAAGGGAACAUACACAUGUAUCGCCAGAACCAAUCUAGACCAGGACACCGCCUCUGCACUUGUCACAGUACUGGAUGUCCCUGAUGCGCCAGAGGAUGUGGAGCUGUCUGAACAAAAGAGCUGGAGUGUCCGGUUGGCCUGGGUACCCGGUGACGACCACAACAGCUCUGCCACUGAGUUCAUAGUGGAGUACGAGGAGAGCCAGUGGGAUCCUGGGACCUGGCGAGAACUCAAGCGAGUCCCUGGCAACCAGGCCACAGCGGUGUUGACAUUACACGGCCACCUGAACUACCAGUUUAGAGUGUAUGCAGUUAACGCCAUUGGGACAGGGCCCCCAAGCAAGCCCACAGACCGAUACAAAACCCCUUCUGCAGCUCCUUAUAAAAACCCAGAAAACAUCAAAAUUCAGGGUCAUCUGCCCCAUCAAAUGGAUAUCAGUUGGGAGCCACUAUUGCCUGUGGAGCACAAUGGUCCAGGCCUGGAGUACAAGGUGAGCUACAGGAAACUGGGCGUAGAAGAUGUCUGGAAAGAGCAUCUUGUCAAAAGACACGCCUUUGUCAUCAAGAACACCCCCACAUUCGUCCCCUACGAGAUCAAGAUCCAGAGUCGCAACAGCCACGGCUGGGGCCCGGAACCCAAAGUAGUGACAGGGUACUCCGGGGAAGACCUCCCUACAGCUGCCCCGCGGGACGUGGCAGUGGAGGUGUUGAACACCACCCUUCUCAGAGUCAGUUGGACCAGGGUUGCCCAGGCAACAGUGCGGGGUCAUCUGGGGGGCUACAAUGUGCACUGGCUGAGGAAACGGAGUCUCCUACAUUCCAACAGAAUUCCUGAGGAGAGACAUUUCCUGACGUUCCCGGGGAACAGGAGCCAUGCCAUGGUCACUGGCCUCAGACCCUUCUCGGAGUACAGACUGACCGUCAACGUCUUCAACAAGCGGGGCAACGGCCCCAAUAGUGACCCUGUCACCUUCCAGACUCCAGAAGGAGUUCCUGAACAAGUGCCCAUUCUGACAGUGUCAAACGCCCAGAGAGACUCUAUCACCCUGGUGUGGGCACCCCCCUUUGAGGCCAACGGCAUCCUUACAGGAUAUCUCCUGCAGUACCAACUCAUAAAUGAGACGUUGGCGGUGGGGGACAUGCAGGAGGUGAACGUCAGCAGUGCCGACACCACCCAGUGGCUCCUGCAGGGCCUGGGGGAGAUGAGCGAGUACAUGUUCUACCUGAGCGCCUGCACCAGGGUGGGUUGCGGACCCCAGCGCAUGGAGGAGGGUAGCAUGGUCACAGAAGCAAAUUUCUCCUCCACUCCAGCUGUGGCACCCACUGAGAGGAGGCAGAACUGCUCUCUCAUUCCUCCCAGCUCGAUUCCUGUGAAUGCAACUCUUUCCUCCUUAGUCCCAGCCCUGUUGAACAUAAGCUCCUAUGUGAGUGACACCUUUGCAAAAAUCAGCUGGACUGCCAGGGACGAGCAACAGGACUCUCAGCUUUAUGUCGCUUAUAUGAAUAACCGUGAAGGUAACUGGAGGAUUUCAGAAGCAGUAAACACUUCUAAGAAUUUCCACAUGAUUGAAGGGCUGGAGCCUGGGACGGUGUACACUGUGCGUCUCAUGGCUAAGUCAUGGCUCGAUAAUGCUAGUAUUUUCGAAGACAUUAUACAGACCAGAGUCAAAGGUUUGGCCAGUCUUCACGGGGGAGUUUCCACCCAGGGCUGGUUCAUCGGGAUGAUGUGCGCCAUGGCUCUCCUCACCCUCACCGUGCUCAUCGCAUGCUUCGUGACCCGCAACAAAGGUGGCAAAUAUGCAGUAAAGGAAAAGGAGGAUCUCCACCCUGAAGUUGAGUCCCAGGGCAUGAAUGAUGACAUAUUCUGUGAUUACAGAAAACCUUACAUGCAUGCGCUUUUCUUGGAUCAGCACAGAAAUGAAAGUUCCCAACAGUUUGCAGCUAAUGACAGCGAUGAAAACCCACUUAAGGCUAGCCAAUGUUCCCUGGACGGGGGCAUGGGACGGGACAGCGACCACGGGGACGAAGAAGAAUGUCAGUUCAACGAAGACGGCUCGUUUAUCGGUGAAUACUCUGGCCACAAAAACAGAGGCUCUGUAGGAGAGUCCAAUGGACCCAGCCCGGUCACUGCGUAAAGAGACAAAUGCUUCCUUUGGACUUCACUGAAAGGUGUGUCACAGCAAAGGGAAAUGAAUGGCAUCAUCUGAGUGAUGCAUGACGUUAAUCAGAAAUGUUAAAUUCCUGUCAAUCACAAUUGUCUAUGAUGCAUAUUUAUUUUGUACCUCCACAUUGUGAUGGAUUCAUUAGGAGUUAUUUCACAUUUUGUAGACAGGAUUGGACCACUGCAGUUUCAAUAUAAAUACACUAUAUAGAUCUUUAAAAGGGAAAGGUAGACAGCAGACACAUAUGGAUACUGCCAUAUUAACAUUUGAUAAGGUGUCAUUAAUAACGAAACAUGAUUUCUUCUGUUUUUACUUUCUCGAAAAGGUCCGAACAGCUAUGUGGCAUAAAUAUUCUUUAUACCAUGGCAUGGUUGAACACUUGUUUCUGAUUAGCUUGAAGGGCAUUCUAGAGUGUGUAUUAUGUAAGGCAUAAUCAAUGAGGGGCUAUGCGUUCUAUGGAAAAUAAUGAAUGGCGUGGACGGUGUGUUCCACAACGCACUAGUGGAGUGGAACUGACCUUCCACUGAGUUGCAUUAUAUUCCAGAGAACGCAUAGAGCCCCAAGUUGAUUAUCCCUUUU